UCCCAGACUCGACGACGUGCAGGUUGACCAACUGUCAGGUUCCCCAGCACUGCUGAAAACCCAGCACGCACACUUAGAAACAAACUCGAAACCUAUUGCACCUGCACACAGUCGUGCUCUCUAAUCAAUUCUAAGUAAAUAAAUCAAAGUUUGAAAGUACAGGCAAAGUCAAACGCUCCAACAUGUCGGCGAAAGCAAUCACGGAGGCCUCUGGCAAGGACAUCCUGAACCGCCAUCUCAAUACCCACGGCGCAGGCGCGGCCACCUGCCGCUUUGCCACAGUGAACGCCACGACAGACUGGUCCAAACUCGCCGUCGACCAGCCCUGGCUGCUGACCACGCCACUGGUGGUAAAGCCUGAUCAACUGAUCAAGCGUCGUGGAAAGCUGGGAUUGAUUGGCGUAAAGAAAAACUUCGAGCAGGUUAAGCAAUGGAUUGGCGAGCGCCUCAACAAGGACCAGAAGAUCGGCAAUGCCGUGGGCAAGCUGCGCAACUUCAUCAUCGAGCCCUUUGUCCCGCAUACGGAUGCCGAGGAGAUGUACGUGUGCAUUUACUCGCACCGCACUGCGGACACGAUCCUGUUCUACCACCAGGGAGGCGUGGAUAUUGGCGAUGUGGAUGCCAAGGCCGUGAAGCUUGAUGUGCCUGUGAACUCUACACUGUCGCUGGCCGACGUCAAGACCAAGCUAUUAAAGGAGGUUAAGGAUGCCGGCACCAAGGAGCGCAUUGCAAAGUUCAUCAGCGCCCUGUACACAACCUUCGUGGAUCUGUACUUCACUUACCUAGAAAUCAACCCUCUGGUGGUGACUGCCGACAAUCUGUACAUUUUGGAUUUGGCGGCCAAGCUGGACUCGACCGCUGAUUUCAUCUGCCGUCCCAAGUGGGGCGAGAUUGACUACCCACCUCCGUUCGGACGGGAUGCCUAUCCCGAGGAGGCCUACAUCGCCGAUCUGGACGCCAAGAGCGGGGCUUCCCUCAAACUGACGAUCCUGAAUCGUAAUGGUCGCAUCUGGACGAUGGUGGCAGGCGGUGGAGCCAGUGUCAUCUACUCGGACACAAUCUGUGAUCUGGGUGGAGCCUCGGAGCUGGCCAACUAUGGAGAAUACAGUGGAGCUCCUUCGGAGCAACAGACGUACGAGUACGCCAAAACGAUCCUUAACCUCAUGACCUCCUCGCCAAAGCAUCCGGAUGGCAAGGUGCUGAUUACUGGAGGUGGCAUUGCCAACUUUACGAAUGUUGCGGCGACCUUCCAAGGUAUCAUCACCGCCCUGCGCGAGUUUCAGCCCAAGCUGGCCGAACACAAUGUAUCGAUCUUUGUGCGACGUGCCGGACCCAACUACCAGGAAGGUCUCCGAAAGAUGCGAGACUUUGGUAGCACCCUGGGAAUCCCACUGCACGUUUUCGGACCCGAGACCCACAUGACCGCCAUUUGUGGAAUGGCGCUGGGCAAGCGACCCAUUCCCCAAACGGCCAGCGUGGAGUUUUCUACGGCCAACUUCCUUCUGCCCGGCGGUCAGCAGGCACAAGCGGACCUCAAGGCUUCCAUUGAAGCCACCGAAGCACUGGGCUCCGGUUCCGCCCUGAGCCCGACCGCAGCUAAACCGAUUAAACUACCACCUAUCUCAGCAGAUGAGGGCGACAGCGCGGGCGUCGCUGGUGCCACUCGCAACGGAUCGAGUCUGAACCGAAAGUUCUUCUCAAACACCACCAAGGCGAUUGUGUGGGGCAUGCAGCAGAGGGCAGUCCAGUCGAUGCUCGACUUUGAUUUUAUCUGCAGACGCGAUGAGCCCUCUGUGGUGGCAAUGGUUUAUCCCUUCACUGGCGACCACAAGCAGAAGUACUACUGGGGUCACAAGGAGAUCCUCAUUCCCGUCUACAAAAAGAUGUCCGAUGCCAUCCAUAAGCACAAGGAGGUCGACGUCAUGGUCAACUUUGCUUCCAUGCGCAGCGCUUACGAGUCGACGCUUGAGGUGCUCGAGUUCCCCCAGAUUCGCACCGUGGCCAUCAUCGCCGAGGGCAUUCCGGAGAACAUGACCCGCAAGCUUAUUAUUGAGGCGGAUAAGAAGGGAGUUGCUAUUAUUGGACCCGCUACUGUGGGAGGAGUUAAGCCCGGUUGCUUCAAGAUCGGCAACACCGGAGGUAUGCUAGACAACAUCCUGCACUCGAAACUUUACCGUCCAGGCAGUGUGGCGUAUGUUUCCCGAUCCGGAGGAAUGUCCAACGAGCUGAACAACAUCAUCUCGAAGGCCACCGACGGUGUGAUUGAGGGAAUUGCCAUCGGCGGUGAUCGUUACCCGGGCUCAACCUUCAUGGAUCACAUCCUUCGCUACCAGGCUGAUCCGGAGACUAAGCUGAUCGUUCUGCUCGGAGAAGUUGGUGGCACCGAGGAAUACGACGUAUGCGCCGCUCUGAAGGACGGUCGCAUCACCAAGCCACUGGUGGCAUGGUGCAUUGGUACCUGCGCCAGUAUGUUUACUUCCGAAGUCCAGUUUGGGCACGCCGGAUCCUGUGCGAACUCCGAUCGCGAGACGGCCACAGCUAAGAAUAAGGGCCUGCGGGAUGCCGGCGCCUAUGUUCCGGACUCGUUCGACACCCUGGGCGAGCUUAUCCACCACGUGUACGGUGAGCUGGUAAAGACUGGCCGCGUGGUGCCAAAGGAAGAGGUGCCGCCACCGACCGUACCCAUGGACUACUCGUGGGCUCGAGAGUUGGGUCUUAUCCGCAAGCCGGCAUCGUUCAUGACGUCCAUCUGUGACGAGCGUGGCCAGGAACUGAUCUAUGCAGGAAUGCCCAUCAGCGAGGUUCUCAGUAAGGACGUCGGCAUCGGUGGUGUCAUCUCGCUGCUCUGGUUCCAGCGAUGCUUACCUUCCUACGUGUGCAAGUUCUUCGAGAUGUGCCUGAUGGUCACUGCGGAUCACGGACCCGCAGUUUCCGGAGCUCACAACACCAUCGUGUGUGCUCGUGCGGGCAAGGACUUGGUGUCCUCAGUCGUCAGUGGUCUGCUGACCAUCGGCGAUCGCUUUGGAGGUGCUCUGGAUGGAUCCGCGCGACAGUUUUCGGAGGCGUACGAUACCAACCUGCAUCCCAUGGAGUUCGUGAAUAAGAUGCGAAAGGAGGGCAAGCUUAUCCUGGGUAUUGGCCACCGAGUUAAGUCCAUCAACAACCCAGAUGUUCGCGUCAAGAUCAUUAAGGAGUUCGUGCUCGAGAACUUUCCUGCGUGCCCGCUCCUUAAAUACGCCCUGGAGGUCGAAAAGAUCACGACCAACAAGAAGCCGAAUCUUAUCCUCAAUGUGGACGGUGUGAUAGCUACCGCAUUCGUGGACAUGCUCCGCAACAGCGGAUCAUUUACCAGUGAGGAAGCACAGGAGUACAUCAAUGUGGGCGCCAUUAACUCGCUGUUCGUGCUGGGCCGCAGCAUAGGAUUUAUUGGCCACUAUAUGGACCAAAAACGUCUCAAGCAGGGCCUGUACCGCCACCCGUGGGACGACAUCUCCUACGUCAUUCCCGAGCAGUACAACUAGGCGGGCAAAUGGAGCCGCGACGAUGUUAUAUAUUUACGUAUAUACAAGCAUAUAUAUUAUUCGGAAGUUGUUGUAGUUAAGCACAGAUGUAUGAUGUUAGGCAAGGAGGUCACCCACUCCACUGGCUGGAAGAACCUAUCCCGGUCUAUCCGCGCAUGUGCCUCUCCCCAGUCACCCUUCCCCUCUCACUUAACCUGCAUUUAAAGUUCUUAAGUUACCAUCAUUACCUUCGUUGUUUUUGUAAGUCGUGUGUGCCUCGGAGCCGUAGGAGUUUUGGAAUCUGGACCUUAGUGAAAUCAAGUGCUCCGAGCCGCACAACACAACAGUACCCAGCAUAACACUAUUUGAUACUUUUAUACUUUAGUUUGGAUGCUCACAAUUGUCUAGACAACAAGAGAAUAAAUUGUUGCAAAAGCUUA